AUGGAAGAUUCUGCUAGUUCAGUAAUUCAUGCUUUACGGACGCAACUACCUGUCACACGUGUCAGAAAAAUAUUUCGACUUGAUUCGAACUGUAUGGCUAUUUCAGCUGAAGCUGUGCAACUUCUCACCCUUGCAACGGAGCGUUUCAUUGGCCUGCUGGCAAAAAUAGCUUAUGGGCAGGCGGUUUUUGACAAACGAAAAACUCUUCAACUAAGAGAUCUUGAAUUUUGUGUAAAGAAUUACGAGCCGUUUAAUUUCCUGGAUGGUACACUGGAUGGAUGGCCGGAAAUUAAUGGAGAGAAACGUAGUCUUGGCAAUGAAUCAGGUAUGGCUAUGGCUGCAAAAAUGUCAGGAGGAUUCUUCUCUCUUGAUGCAGAUACAGAUGCAGAACAAGGAGACUUGAAUGUUGAUGGUCUAAAUGAUGAGAUAUUUGGUUUCGAUGAAUCAUUGGAGGAAAUCGAACCUCCAUUUGAUGGUCAGAUUACUGAAAAGCUGGAUGAUGCUGUAACUGCCAAGAACGCUGGGAUGCUUGCGGAUGUUGUUCCAGAAAGACAAGGCCUUAAGUUAGAAGUUUUUGGCCACUACGGUUAUUAUCGUCCAAUGAAUUCAUUCCUUGCUGUGCCAAUUGAAACUGCUGAUGUUGAAAUAGAAGCUGAUAUGACCCGUACUAAACAGAGAGAAGUGGAAAUGGAAAUUGAUACAUCAGAACAGUAUGAUUCAUCAAAUAUGACUGGAUUUGAAUUAGCAACCGAUAAUGUCGAAGUCUCGCCGAACAUCCAACCUUUCAAUAAUCAGGAUAUCUCUCAGCCACUGGAAAUGUCUCACAGCGGUUAA